AUGGCUAAACGUAAGGUGGACGCUGAGGACAGGGGGUUUCAAGCCAGGUGGGAGGUAGAGUACAUGUUCACGGAGGUAAAAGAUUGUUUGGUCCCAGUGGUCACGGUUCAACUUGGUGAACCUGUGACUUUGUCUUGUGCUUUUUCGAAGAGACUUCAGAGCACAUGGCUUCAUUGGUACAAACAGAGUGCGGGAGACACUCUAAAAUUUAUUGUGAUGCAACAGAAAAGCAUAGACCCAAAAUACGAUCCAAAUUUACCUAAUUCAAGAAUAAAAGCAACAAAUGAUGAUAAAUUCAGCAAUCUAACGAUUAUGAAGACAGUUCUGCAAGAUGAAGGAAUGUAUCACUGUGCUCAACUGGACUGGACUAAAUCUAUUUGGAGUGCAACUUACUUGUCUGUGAAAGGAAAAUCUUCAAACACAGUGAGCUACAGUGUUCUUCAGAACCCAGUUUCUGAUCCGGUCCAUCCAGCAGAUUCAGAGACUCUGCAGUGUUCAGUCCUCUCUGAGUCUGAGGACAAAGCCUGUUCAGGAGAACUCAGUGUGUUCUGGUUUAGAACUGGAUCAGAACAGUCACAUCCAAAUAUCAUCUACACUCAUGACAAAGGACUGCAUAAUUGUGAGAACACGUUGACAUCAAAUGCUCAGAAAAAAUGUAGUUACAGAUUUUCUAAAAACUUAAACUCCUCUGAUACAUUGUACUGUGCUGUGGCAACAUGUGGAGAGAUAUUAUUUGGAAAAGAAACUAAACCAACAGCAGAUCAAUCACCAAGUUCUGAAGUUAAUGUGCUGAUGAUCGUAAUAAUCUGCUUGGCCAUUUCCUUGACUAUAAAUAUUGUUUUUAUUUGUCACCGAACUCAAAUGUCACCAUGUAGAAACUUUAAAGCAAAACACAAUGAGAAUCAACCAGAAAAUUUUACUAAAGAUGAACAAGAUAUGAACUACGCUGCCUUACAUUUUGAUGAUAGAAAAACUUCAAGAGGAAAGAUAAAAAGACAACCGAAAACUGAAGAAAGCGUGUAUUCACAGGUCAAAUCUGAAUUUGCAGAUGCUCAGUAUUGAUAACAACAAAAUGUUGUAGAUUCAAAUCGGUCCACAGCAAGAUUUGAGAAAUAAAUUGAGAGACAUCAUAAUUUACUAAUGCAUCAUCUUCUUUUAACAACUUAAAAU